AUGGACUACAGGGCUGAUGUUCAACCGGAUAGCAGCAGAAAAUUGAAACUUUACAAGAGGAUAGUGCCGAAUGUUAGAUAUAAAAGAUACCCAUUCAUAGUUGGUAUUAAAAAUGGCUCUAGUUCUAGCGUUUUGAAAGAAUUAGAAAGGGCAACCGGAAUACAGAAUUUAACAUACGAAUCACAUAAGGUGGCGAACAAACGGUAUUAUGAGGAACUUCCAUAUGAAAACAUUAUUAAAAGAGUUCCUUUACCUCCCGCUUAUGAGUUUGAACCCAGACCAUGGAUUGAGUAUGUAGCAUUUAAAUCACUAGAAGUUGCCAAAGUGGGCCAUUGUAUUGAUAUCUGGGGCCUCAAAACAUAUCCAAAUGAAGCAAUAAAUGUGUUAUCUCAUAUGAUUAUCAACAGUGAUUUUUUAACCAAAAGUCACAACACUUCUUACUCGAAUGAUUUCACUAAUACUGUACUAGAGGGCUACUCUAUCGACCAUGUUAAGUGUGCAUUACUUGCUUCAUUCUUCUUAGAGUGCAAAUGCCACAUCUGCGGCAUUGAAAAAUUCUUAAAUGACGUCCUUGAUGUUAUCGACUCCAGGUUUACAUCUGGAAGUUUCUGGAAUAUUUCAGGAAAAGCAAAUCUAUCCAAACCUGAAAUAUUUUCCGAGUUGAACACGUCUCCAGUGGUUUGGCAUUGGCUAUUCCAGUACAUUAGACGGUUUGCCAGUGAAACCACACUCAAUUUAUUUGUAAAAAAGAGUAAACUUUCCAAAUCCAUCAAUUGUUGGAAUAUCAAUCUAAUGUAUUUCAUAGAGAUUGCCAUUAGGAGACCUUUGGAUAAUGGGCGCUACAAUAUUGCCUAUUCAGCAAUCGAUUACUUUUCCAGAAACGCUUUUUACCCAAAUAAUGGCAAACAAAUUAAACCUGGUAAAUCAUUAACACCAAAAAACAUAUAUAUGCUAGCUUCACUGGCGAAUUUGUCAAAUCCUAAUUACAAUAGGGAAAUAAUGAAUUCAAUACUUGCAAUAGUUGACACUAUCGACACUGUCGAUUUUGAGUUUGAAGAUAUUAAUUAUGCGAAUAUUUUAAACAACUUUUCAGGGAUCCCCAUUGGAAUAGCUACUUUUGCCAUUGUAGACUCAAUACUCACUUUUAACAACAAUUUAUCACUAUUACUUCUAAUUGCAUUGUUGAUCUCCACAAAUAUACAAAACAAGAACGUAUGGAAGAAAUUACUGAGCGUGUGCGUAAGUGAUAAGACAGCUAAAAAGGUAUUCAAGACAAAAUUUGUCGCAGAGGAUCAUGAAAUGUGGAUUACUUAUGCUAGAAAUCCACACACUCCGUAUCUAAAACGGAGGAUGGUAUUUAAAAAUCACAAAAAAAUACCAAGCGAUGCCAGUUUUCCAUUUACUAUUAUUGAUGGGGGUAAAUUGUUAGAUAUUGUAAAAUACUUCAAGAACACGAUAAAGGAAUUUACACCUACUCCUUGGUGCAACCAUAAGAUAUCACAUUUAUUGAAUGAAUUGUUGAAGAGAUGGGAACGGACCUGUAGUGACGAUAUAUCCCUAACUUUCCCCUUCCUAGAAAUUGUAAAAUCUUCUAUUGGACAAGCUGAUGAAAAUAUCACAUUAUCCCUCUUUAAAUAUUGUAGUUUGGAUUCAUCGAACUCUGACCUAUUUAACAGCAUAUCAAAAUCGCACCGGGAAACCCAAUUGACAUUAUUUCAUUGCCUAUUAGCUAGUGGAAGUGAGGAAGAUUUGUUGAAAAAAGUAGAUGAGAUUAUAAACUACGGAAUUCACACCGAUGUGGAUGUUUUACUGCAGAAAAUCGCAUCGCUGGGUAUAAAUUAA